UUCCUUUCUCCUUCGCUUCUUUCCUUUCUCCCUUGCUUCUUUCCUUCCUCCCUUGCUUCUUCCCUUCCUCCUUUGCUUCUUUCCUUCCCCCGUCACUUCCUUCUCUUCCUUCCUCCCCUGCACAUCUCAUCCACCUCCUCCUCCUCCUCAUCCAUCCAUCCUCAGGGUGAGCCUUUGAGCGAGUCACCAGCGAGGGCACACAAUUGAUGAGCAGCACUGUGGCUAGCCCAAUGUCGACGGUUGCCUCUUCAAGCGGUGGAAGAAAAUCGACCAGCUUUACGCCCGAAUUGCAAAGUAUGAUGUUUUCCUUAGGAGAUGCUCGCAGGCCACUCCAUGAAACUGCAGUCCUGGUGGAAGACAUCGUUCACACCCAGCUGAUAAAUCUGUUGCAGCAAGCAGCUGAAGUUUCUCAGCUGAGAGGAGCUCGAGUCAUCUCUGCUGAAGAUCUCCUGUUCUUGAUGCGCAAAGAUAAGAAGAAGCUUAGAAGACUACUCAAGUACAUGUUUUUCCGAGACUACAAAUCUAAAAUUGUCAAAGGAAUAGAAGAUGAUGACCUCCUUGAAGACAAAUUCAACAGUAAUAAUGCCAACAAACGGCAGAAGCUUGCUCAGGACUUUCUCAACUCCAUUGACCAGACUGGAGAGCUCUUAGCCAUGUUUGAAGAUGAUGAGAUUGAUGAUGUCAAGCAAGAGCGAAUGGAGAGAGCAGAAAGACAAACACGAAUGAUGGACUCGGUCCAGUAUGCAGAAUUUUGUGAAAGUCGGCAAUUGAGUUUUUCAAAGAAAGCAUCCAAGUUUCGUGACUGGCUGGAUUGUAGCAGUAUGGAAAUAAAGCCAAAUGCAGUUGCGAUGGAGAUAUUGGCAUAUUUAGCGUAUGAGACUGUGGCACAGUUGGUGGACUUGGCCCUUUUGGUUAAGCAGGACAUGGUUCCCAAAGCUGGUGACCCGUUCAGUCAUGCCAUAUCUGCCACCUUCAUACAGUAUCACAACACUACUGAGCCACACCUCUUAGGGCAAUCUACAAGUGUCAAGACCAAUCUUGACUCUCCUGAAAACACACCACCUCCUACCCCCACACCUCCGGCAUCAGCAGGACAGCAACAUCUUGGGAAAACCCCAUCCGGCGCCCUGGGGAAUGGUGGAAUUGGACAGGACUCUACGAAAUCCAAACAAAGGAAAAGAAAAAAGAGCACUGCAGCCUGUGGUGUAGAGGCUCAAAGCGAUGCCAUCCAGCCCAGCCACAUCAGAGAGGCCAUUCGACGCUACGGCCACAAGAUUGGCCCCCUUUCCCCAUUCACAAUUUUCUCUUUUUCUUUGACAGAGUGCCUACCGCAGAAACGGGAUGACUUUUCUCGCCUGCUAAUAUGGAUGUGGCUGCGGGAGCAGGAAAGACAGUGUUAUAUUAAGCCUUUGCACAUCAAAGGACAAGCCAUGCUGUGGUGUUUGGAAGGCUUUCCUGGAGACACCUUCGCUCCGUAGCUCAAACUGAUGUGUCCUGCUGUGACCUAGCCUGCAUCUCGGAACCAAAAAUCACAAGGCUGACUUUGAAGCGAGGACUCUCUCAGAUGCAUUGAACCAAGUUUCCAGCAAAGCGCAGGUGCAUGCCAUAUGAGCAGAAGAAACCCCGGCACCGCGAGCGAGCAAUUUGAUGACUGCUGUGUGCUCCGUGCCCGGAGUAGAUUCAUGUCAAGAUAUACAGAGCCAAGACAGGAAUGAAGGAGCAAAGCUUUCUGGCUAAAUGACGUGAGUCCAGUGACGCUGAUUUCAAAUAUGGCAUCAACCUCUUCAGCAAUGUCUACGCUACAGAAUUACACAAUAUGAAGGAGCAUUCCCAGUGUGGUACCGGCCAGCUGAGAGAUCUGCUUUUGUUUUCCCUCUCCUUGAUUUGAUGAUUGAAGCUUUUCAAACAGAACUACAACAGACAGCAAAUAUCCACGAUGAAUUUCUAGAUAAAUAUACACUUGGGCCAAGGUUAUUUUGGAAGAACACAGUCUUAGUGCCUCCAAAUGGCAAAUAAUAGAGUGAAUGGAGCCCAGCCAUUUCGUUCUGGGUUUGGAGGGCUUCUGCUAUCCUUUCUGUUAACCUGUUCUUCUCUGUUUAGUGGCUCUGCUCAGUGUAUCUGAAGCGCUGGGAAAACACAGAGCUGGUUAAGGGUCAGUCCGGGUCUCCAGUGAGAAAAAAGAGCCUCUUCCCAUCCCCGUGCUGCCCAGCCGCGGGAUAACCCAACUCAGUGGUGCCUCUUAGUCAAAAGAAUAUCCUGGCAUCGUGAUAUCUGGUGUGGCAAUGAGACCAAAUCUCCUCCCAGGAAUCAAGAGAGAAUGGAGUUUCAGCAGAAGACCCUUUGUCACACAUGGAAGCUGAAUGGCGGAACAGCUUGCGUCGAGAGCCAGAAACAGGAGACAAUGAUUCAUCUAUACCAGGUUUUAAACGAAAAAGAGAAAUCCCAUCUCAGGACUUAUAGAAAAGCAGAAGGGAAAGACAGCCAAAAGAGACAGCCUUUGGUGUGGACAGUGCGGGGCAGCCCUGGGAAGAGAGUCAGAAGCACAAGAUUGCCCAAGCUGCUAUCGUAUCUGCUUCCCUAUGUGGAGCAACUCAUCCAAAUGUGUCCUAGUCCUCAUCCAGAUUAGAUUACUCCAUAGCCAUUGAUAUUCUAGGUAUUUCCAGGAAAGCUCACAGCCUGUGUAAAUUGAAGGUUACUCAGAAUAGCUCGUGAAUACAGAGAAGGUCACAGUUUUAGUUCAGACUGAGACCAUAGAUGUCAGAGGAUUUCACACCAGCAUCACUGAGAUUUGCAUUUGCACUGGGAUGUUUAGCACUCGCCAUUAACGGUUUUCUUGGUGCUAAAGGGAGAAAGAGUGACUGUGAAUUAUAAAGCCACAACCAUAAUGGCAGCUAUAAAUUUGGAUAAACCUCCUCCCUGGUGCUCUGGAUUCUUGCAUGCUGUCUCCUCAGGCUGUUUCCUCCUCACUUGUGAAAUAUGUUGCAGUAGCCAAAUUACCAAGGGAUGAAUGACCUCAAUAAAUUCACUCAUUCUGCUCUAAAAGAAGAUACUACGUUGUGGAGAACAGAGUGAGAAUGUAUUUUUCUCCCCAAACUUGCAAUUAUUCCCAUUGUGUGUCAAUUUUAUUGGCAGGUGAUUUUUUCCUCCCUUGGUUGGCCCUAAUUUGAAUUUUUCCAUUCUGCUUCUCACUGGAAAUGCCUUUUCCAAUUACUGUAGUUUAGCUCAUAUCGAUGAAAUCUCUAUGAGGAAAGAGAAUAAAGCAGGACAGGUCCUCAGGUGGUGUAUAUCUUCCUUGUACAGCCCAUUUCCAGAGGGAUCCAGCUCAGGAUCCAUGCAGUGGUGCUGUGAGCAUAGAACAUAAUCAUACCCUAUAUUUUGCAAACAGAUUUGCUAAGAAGGUUAUGCAUGGGAGAAAUUAACCCCCAGGUUACUGGUGGAAUGGCUGAACUUCAUUGUUUCUUCCUUUGUGCUGCAUGCACGUACAGAGGUACCCGUCUGCCAAAAUUAAACUUUUAUUUCUGAGGAGCAGAGUGAAUCUCUUAUACAGAUAUAAAAUCAGGCGGUCUCCAUCUAAAAUGCAGCAAAAAUACAGGCCCUGCCUCACAUUUUCUUAGUAAGUUGAGUCAGUGCUGUAAAUAAAAAGCCUCAUCUGAGAGGUUCCCAACAGCAGCAAAAGAAGUUCAACCCCCCCUGGGCAAAAUGCCUUAAACUCCCUGGGGAGAGGCUCAGAAGGGCGGGAGAGGGAGAUGCAGCAGAUGCACAAACCUGGUGCUGCCUGAGAGCAGAGGAGGUGCCAUUUCCAAGAGAGUGUGAAAAAAAGCAAACAAAACUGAUACCAAACCUAAAUUCAUUAAUUUUAUAAGCAUCUCCUCGGUAGUCUAAAAACAACCCAUGAAAAUGGGGCCUGAGCAACAGUUUGACCAUUACAGCUCAGACCAGAUGGGGACAUUGAGUCUUCAUGCUCUGCAUCCUACUUUUGUGUGAGUGCAAAGCACAUGCUCCUCCCUAAAAGCUCUGAGCAGAAUAAUUCCUCCACGGCAGCAGCAACAGUCAGCAAUGUUGCAGCAGUGGAAAGUUCAUUCCAUUUUUCUUACCGUGAAGUUCAGAGGUGGAGGGAGAGAAACUAAAAUUCUAUGGCGCAACAGUUGCUCCUCAGUUAUUUCCUCCAGGAUGAAGAACUAAUGUGGAAGAUCUGAUCAAGGAAAGUAUGAACCUCUCAGCAGUUUCUGGAGCUUCACCAGGUGCUGGAACUUCAGAGAAGCUGUACCUCGUUUCGCUUUGUGUUGUAGCCGUCACUGAGAAGGGCCGUGGUAGUGGCUGCAAGAGCGUUACCCCUGGUUCUCAGAGGCAGAAACCCACUGAAAGGUCUUCACCCAGUAGAAAGACACUCAGUCUUGCAACUACAGCUGCCUGUGACUAUUCUACUUGCUGGCAGACUUUUAGUUAUUCCUAAACACUUUCGAUUUCCCAUCUAGUAUUCUUGGUAUUAUCAAUGUUGUUUUUUUCUGUCUCAUUAAGUGAAAGGCAAGUCCCUCGCCAACACCUACAGCAGCUUCCUAUUUGAUUCCUUCUCUCCGACCUUGUCUACAUGUGAAUCAUGGUCACAACGGAAAGGAUGAUGUUAAAAAUGCUCUGUUGGAAGAGGCCGAAGGCAAAUUGGGAAUAUGGCACCUGUAUCCUCUCUGUGUUGGUGUGAAAAAGGAAAGGUCCCUGAUGUGGGACUCCCAUAAGGAUUGUUUCACCUUGCAUUGUCACUGUUAAAAGAGAGUAACGUUUUUGCUUUAUCUUCUCUUUUAUGACAUCUGAAGGUUAGGAGAAAACAUGAUACAACAGUAAUAGAAAGCUAAAGCAGUUGCUUUAAAGCCAAACGCUUUCAUAAUGCCCUUAGAAAUCUCAGUCACUGCAAAGUUUGUAGGAAAGGGUAAAGUCUUCUAUUAGCUGAUGUCAGCUGAUAAAGUUGCAGGGCGGGAGAAAAAAGAGCUUUGGGGCACGCGAGCACUUCUUUAAAUCUCGGUAGACUUUGAAAUGUCAUUGUUCCCUGAUUUACCUCAUGAAACAUAAACUUUACUAAAUAUGGUACAUUAACGACAAGGUGUGCAAAUGUGCCUUUUCAACUCAGAAACAGAGUUGCUUCUGUUCCAGACAGAGCUGCCUCUUUGGACCUAAGAUGACAAAUAAUUCAAGUUUAAACAUAUGUAGUUGUUUGUAGGCCCCAAGACGCUUUAUGGCAAAUUCGUUCCAGCUACUUUUCUCAAUGUCCUCUUACAAAGAAGGCCUAAGUAUCACGGCCAGGAACAAGAGAGGAGACAGUUACGCACAGUCUGAGGCUAUGAAGCCACAGCGACUUUUAUAUAUACAUAGACACAUGUAUGUAUAUAUGUAUGUAUAUAAAUUAAGAGCCCUGAAACUUAAAUCCGUAUGCACGGAAGCCUGCAAAUAGACAGAAAGCUGAAGGCAUUUUGAAAGAAAAAGAUACUGCUGCCUGCCAGUGUGAAUGCAAACUUCAUAUAGGUUUAGCAUCUUAUGCUUUGGGGGGUUGAGAUUUUCAGCUGGGUAAUUUUCAUCUAAAUAGAAGGCAGGUGUUUUUCAAAAGGCUUUUUCUUUAAAUGCAUCAAAGUAUUUUUCCAAGAGAAAAGGACUGGCUUUUCAACCAGAGUGGAAAUUUUUAAUUCGAUCUGAAAUUUUG